CAGCACUUCCACUGGUAGUCGCAAUUUUCGACAUAAACAUUUUGUUUACAUUUUGCCAUCACGUUUUCGCUAUUUUUGUUUUUUUUUUCACAACAAUGGAAGUUGAUGAAAAUAAAUUGGGAAAACUAACUGAGGAAUCUUUAAAGCGUAAAGAACGUAUACGCCAGUUGCGUGAGAAAGCGCAAAAUUCGGAGAAAGGUUCAAACAGUGAAGGAGAGGAGAAGCUGCCGAGGCCUAUUUUCCGCAGUUAUAAACCACAAAACGAGAAUACCGAAGGCGAAGUAUUAGAACAGGAACCAUCCGGCGAUAUUGAGAAAGCCGUGGAGGGGCAACUCGAACUAUUACAGCAGCCAAUGAUUAUUGAUGAAAUUGAUAUAGCGAAUUUGGCACCUCGAAAACCAGAUUGGGACUUAAAACGGGAUGUCUCAAAAAAGUUAGAGCGACUGGAAAGACGCACACAAAAAGCAAUCGCAGAGUUAAUACGAGAACGACUGAAGACAAACCAAUCUGAUCAAGAAAUCUUCCAGGUCGUGAAUGUUGGUACGGCACAUGCGGGUGACCCAGUGGCAGGCGAUGAUGAUUAGUUAGUUUCCACAACAAUCGGUUCUAUGUCACCGGAACGACCCACAUGUAUAUCCGGCCAACGAGGACUGUGACUCUAGCAGUAUUCCCCGUACAUAUAUUGGGAACGUUUAUGCCGCUACAACAACAACAUUAGUUAGUAACAAUAUUUUUCACAGAAUACCAUGUAAGGUUAUGAUUAUUAUAUUUGGUUAUAACAAAGAUUGUACAAAAUGA